GGGCGGUCCCUCCAUCGCGCCCCGCCCCGUCCUUCCUGCCUGCGCGUCGGGGGCGGAGCUUGCACGGCGCGCGGCCCGAACGCUUCGGCAGGGCGCAAGCUGGAGCCAUGGCUGACGGAGGCCGGUCGCCUCAGGCUCGGGCGCUCCUACAGCAGUGCCUGCACGCCCGGCUGCAAGUUCGUCCAGCCGAGGGGGACGCCGCAGCCCAGUGGGUGGAGAUUCAGAGAGGAUUAGUGAUCUACGUGUGCUUUUUCAAGGGAGCUGAUAAAGAACUUCUUCCCAAAAUGGUUAAUACACUGUUAAAUGUGAAAUUGAGCGAGACAGAAAAUGGCAAGCACGUCUCUAUAUUGGAUCUACCUGGCGACAUUCUUAUCAUCCCUCAAGCCACCCUCGGGGGAAGAGUAAAAGGAAAGAACAUGCAGUAUCACUCUAACUCUGGAAAAGAAGAAGGGUUAGAACUUUAUUCUCAGUUUGUGACUCUAUGUGAAAAAGAAUUAGCUGCUAACAGCAAGUGUGCCGAAGCUGGGGUUGUAGUGGAACAUGGCACUUACGGGAACAGGCAGGUGUUAAAGCUGGAUACCAAUGGACCAUACACACAUUUAAUUGAGUUUUGAAAAUUAAAAAUUAGUUUCUAUA